AUGCCUCGUCGUGAACAAACGGGAAAGAAGAAGGGAGCUAGUGAUACGGGCGUUGUUGAAAAAAAAAGUGAACCACUUUAUUGUAUUUGCAAACGUCGAGAAGACGAAGUUAAAGAUGAUUUUAUGAUUGAGUGUGAGGCUUGCGAAAAUUGGUUUCAUGGCAGAUGUAUGUCUUUACCUGACAGAAUAGCCGAUGAUUUAGAAAAAUAUUAUUGUUCAGCAUGCUCACCGCAACAUGGGCCAUCUGUUUUUAAACAACGGUGCAAUUUUCAUCGACGAGAUUACAGUGAUCCGCUUGCGGAAGGAAAACCAGUUCAAACUGGUACUCAAACGUUUAUAAACAGUCUGAAACGACGUGUAUUUUUAAAUAGUGACUCGAUUAUAAUUCGUUUAAAAGGCAGUCAGUUAAAUGUCAAUUAUUUUUAUGAAAAUGGAUUCACAAAACCAAUUUUUAUUGCAAAUAAAGAAGGUUUGGAUAUUUCUGUACCGGCUAAAUCAAUAACAUUGAAAGAAAUUAGUGAACUUGUGGGGCCCAAUAAAUUCGUUGAUGUUAUUGAUACAGAACGGCAAGCCACUUAUUCAAUGUUACUCAAUGAUUUUAUUGAUUAUUUUGAAAGUUUUGAAAGAACAAAAACUUAUAAUGUACUUAGCUUAGAAGUUUCAAACACAAAAUUGGGUGAAUCGAUUGUAACACCACAAGUGGUACGUGAUUUGAGUUGGGCAACGAUUGGUAUAUGGCCAAAAAAACGAGGAGAAGACGAAAAAGAAGAUAGUGACAAUGCCAAUGUGAAAAAAACGGAAUGGUCUCAACAAAGUGGAAGAAAACGUAAUGAAUCAUCAGAAUCAUCUUCCGGUGAAAACGACAUUAGCUAUGAUGAAGAGAACUUUGAACAUUAUGAAAGACCUGAAGUGGCAAAAUAUUGUUUAAUCUCUCCAAAAGAUUCCUAUACAGAUUUUCAUGUGGAUUUUGGUGGAUCUUCCGUUUGGUAUCACAUUUUGAAAGGAGAAAAAAUAUUUUAUCUUGUCGAGCCAACAGAUGAAAAUCUUCAAAAAUACAUUGAAUGGAAUCGUUCUGGAAAUGAAUCAGAAACAUUUUUUGGUGAUCUUGUUAGUACUUGUUAUAAAAUGCAACUACGAGAAGAAAAUACGAUUUUAAUUCCAGCCGGCUGGAUUCAUGCUGUCUAUACGCCAUGUGAUAGUCUAGUGUUUGGAGGUAAUUUUUUGAAUAGUCUAUCGGUUGAUAUACAGUUAAGAGUAUAUGAACUUGAACGUAUGGCUCAAGUGCCACAUAAAUUUCAAUUUCCUCUAUUUGAAACAUUUCAUUGGUAUGCAGCAAAACAUUAUUAUGAUGAAAUUAGAGCACACAAUGAAGCUCAUGAAUCCGUUUCUGAUGUGACUAAACAAGCAGCAGAUGCAAUUCUUCGCCACAUGAGUCAAUGGCUAUUAGCAGAUAAAAAGUAUCAAUUUAAAAAUCGUCGUAUUAUACCAAAACAUAUAAAUUGUGAAAAAUUAUUACGUGAUUUAGCAUCUGUACUUGAAUUUUCGAAGACUUAUAAUACAAAAUCGUCAGCACAAUCGUAUGAAAAUUUAAAAAUUAUUCUUCCAUUAAGCAAUAAAUAUAGCAGUGAACUAGUCCAAUUCAACGGUUCAAAAUCGAAAUUAAAAGAUCAACGAUCUUCAGAUGAUGCAUUAUCAUUUGUUUCGUCAACGGCACCGUCUACUUCAGGCGGUGUAAAAUUGACAAUAAAAACUGGUUUGAAAAAUACAGUUAACAGAAUAUCAAAUGCAGAUGACAAUACAAAAUCCAUUAAAAUAGCAAUGAAACGUGAAAGCACCGAUGUGAAUAAAUUGCGAACUAAACAGACUACGAAUUUAGAUGAAAUAUCGACAGGCAGUGAUGUUCUUACACCAACUCGUUAUACUUUGGAUCUUGAAGCUAAGCGACAACGGUUUAUAUCUUCUACAAAUAAUGAAUUAAAUUCCACACCAAAUCGAAAUUAUUACAAUGAUGAAGAUGACAGUAAUAGUAGUCAUGAGGAAGGUAUUGGUGCAACUAAUUUAUUUGUUAAUCCAUCAAAUGACAAAGAUGAUGAUGAUUUUGUGCUUGAUAGCGAACAAAUGAGUUAUGAUUAUUCUCAAACAAGUUCGAGAACAAAUCGAAUACAUACACGAGAUCAGAAAUUAAGUACAUCGGAAAAAAAAUCAGAAGACAGUAAAACAUUAUCAUCAAAUAAAAAAGGUGUCAAAUCUCGACCGAAAUCUCAAUUAUCCAGCAGUACUGAUAAAGAUAAAACGAAGUCGAUCAAGAAAUUAAAAACAAGCAGCUUGAAAAAAGAUGAAAAAAAAUCAUCGACAGUAGUGUCAGACGCGUCUAUUCAACCAUUAUCUAGUGAUAAUAACCCAUCAUCUAGCGAUCCGAAUUCAUUGGCAGAGUCAGGUGGUCAGAAGAAAUCUUUAUCGUCAACAACGAGACAAGUACGAAAUCCAAAAUCGAAGAAAAAGUUGAAUCCCAAAGAUCGUUUGGGAAAAAUUCUUAAAAUUGCCAACAGUAUCAAAUCUCGAGGCGGCAUUCUAACAUAA